UUUCUAUUGUUUCAUUUUCCUUUCCUUUCCUGUGUUUCUGACCAUAUCAAACCCAAUCCUCGCCGCUUCCGUUCUUUAAUACAAAAUUCUUUCUUUUUUCUCUGCGGUUCAACAUUUUUCCAAGGAACGGAGGCGCUGCGCAUAUUUGAAAAUGGUUCAGAUUAAAGAGUUUCGGAUUGUUAUGCCUUUAUCAGUGGAAGAGUUUCAAGUAGCUCAGAUGUACAUGGUGAUGAAAAUGCAGCAACAGAACACCAAUUCAACGGAAGGGGUGGAGGUGUUGGAGAACAGACCUUUCGAAGAUGACGAAUUUGGAAAAGGCCAAUACACUUUGAAAAUUUAUAGGCUGCAAAGCAAAGCUCCUACUUGGUUAACUGCAUUUGCCCCGGCCGAUGCUCUUGUGAUGCAGGAGGAAGCUUGGAAUGCAUAUCCAAGGUGUAAAUCAGUUAUCAAGUGCCUGUAUUUCACGAGGUUUAUUCUUACUAUAGAAACUAUUCACACAGCUGGCUGUGGUCUAUCUGACAACGUGCAUGGCCUUACUAAAGAGCAAUUAGCAAUUAGGCAGGUGGAGGCUCUUGACAUAGCUUCAGAUUACAAUGAUUAUUGGAGCUAUAUGAUUGGGGCUAGCAAUUUCGAUUUUUCUCAGUUUCAAUCAGCGCAAACUGGCCGUGGUCCUUUAUUAGAUGGAUGGCAGGAGCAAUGCUAUCCAGUUAUGACUGCUUACAAGUUGGUGACAAUAGACGCCCCUUACUGGGGAUUCGGCAGUAAACUUGAACAAGCUUUGCUUGCGGGUGAAAAGGCACUCUUCCUUGAAAGUCAUAGAAAUUGCUUCGGUUGGAUCGAUGAGUGGUAUGGGCUGAAUGUGGAUAUGAUGCGUGAACUUGAAAAACAAAGUGACUCUUCUUUAAAUGAGAAACUAGGUCGGCCUGGUCUAGUGGCAAACGGGGAGGAAUUGGAUUGUAGCUGAACUACUAGAAGGUGCUGAUGCUGGGGAUUUCAUAGGAAUCUAUGCAUCAUGCUUCUAAUCAUGCUGAGCCGAGGGUAAAGUUAUUUCUCAUCUCGUCAAUACACCAGGGCGUGCUCGAAUGUGGAAGACUUUAGGCCGAGAUCUUCUUUUUGGUUAGAAGCUCAAAUAGUACAAAUUUAGACAUCUGAUGAAAGACAUCAGCUGCUGCUUUGAUGCAUUAGAGUAUGUGAACCUUAUCCUUGUUGUAAUUCAUUAUUUAUGAAUUGUUAAUAAGUAUAGUAAUGUUGUCUCAUGUA